AUGGCCACGAGGAUAUUGAGGCUGGGCGGUUGGAAAGGUGAAGGGUCCAUUGUCGCUGCCGUGUGCGGGACGUGUAUGGAGUAUCUAUCGAUAAAAUACCGGCUCCUGCGCACCAAAAGAGGGUCGGGAAAUCCGACUCAAGUCAUGGCUCGCAAACCUCAGUGUUCAAUGCUACUGGUCUUUGCCACGUUCUUCGGAACGCUUUCCGACAGCCCCGACAACUAG